AACUGGCGCGCGCGCACGCACGCACAUUCACCCGCUCAUCAAUUAUGUGGCCGUGCCGACGGCGGAGGAUAAUAGUGGUAGACCCGAAAUACCUAUCGUCGUCGUUGCCGUUUGCCGCCGCCGUACCGAUGUUUAUUGUGUUUACGCGAAAAUAAUGUUAUGUUAUCGGUGCCAGUCGUCGCCGUGUUAUUAUUAAUUGUCGAUUGUGUUUAUUUGUGCGUCGCGCGUCCUGAUCAAUUACAAUUAUUAUUAUGUAACGGAAUCGGACCGCCGGACCCUACUGGCGUUGUGCGAAACGAAGCCAAACAAAAUAUGUUGCAUACUUAGGUAUACGAUUUAUCUUUAAUCGAAAUGGUUUACUCUCACAACCACAUACGUCUAAUGUAGAGCUAAAUACUUUAUUGCAUAUAAGCAUGUUGUACAAUGAUAACUUGGUAUCAACGGCAAGAAUUUGAUCGAGCUCAAACAGUAUGCUCAUUUUGUAGGUGGAUAAAACGUGAUUGAAUGUAUGGUGUGUGCUGCAGACUGGAAGGCACCGUGGAUUCUAUACCACAGGGCCUAUUAGACGGCCGCCCUGCCAGUUCUCUGGUUCUCACUCACCAUCAGUAUCAGCAAUUACAGCAUAUUCAAGCACAACAAGAACAAGCUGCUGCUGGAGGGCAAUUGACAUUGACGUUACAUCAUCAAACUUCGGGUGCAGGAGCUAAUGGAGUACUGUCGGGAACUCCACAUUUAGUUCUAGCAACUUCUCAAGGACAAGGAAUAUCAACUUUUCCUCAGGGAACUACUCAACAAGCAGCUACAUUACAUCAACAUACUAGUAUUCAACAAGUGUUGCAUCAACAUGUUCAACAUUCAAAUUUUCUUCAUUCAACAAGUAUACGGCAGAUGGGUGCCCAACAGCACACAACUGGCACAAUGGUUCAACAACAACAGGCUACAGCAAUAUUGGAUACUACCAAUACAAAAUGUAUACCAUCCUCACCUGGAUCACCAUUCUCUUCUCGAUCCCUUACGCCUUCCCCUCAACAAAGGGUUAUCACGUCCCAACCUCAAGUCAUUCAUCAGGUGAUGAGUGCUAAUGGCGGUGUUUUGCAGUUUAUACAACCGAAUAGUCGGAACAAUGUAAAUAAUAUACAGGUAAAAAGUAAACCGCCGCCCCAAAUUUUACCCAAACCUAUAGGUAGCAAUAAUGUACAGAAUCAUGCUAGUAUUAAUAGCAUCAAGUCACAUCAAUCACAUCAUUCUACUUCAAUACAUAGUCAACAACAAGGUGCUUUUUUAAUAAAUCAAAUUAUGCCAACUGCCGGUGUUAUAGUUGGACCUCAAACCGCUGGUGGUCUUCAACUUUUUCUUCGUUCUCCUAACACUCAACAGAACAACACCCAACAAGCUCAAAUACCUUGUAAUGGCACUCAAAUAUUACUUCAACAACCUAGGCAGCAGUCAAAUCAGGUCGUUCGAUUGGUUAGUGGUCAGAGUGUUCAAUUACAACAAAUUCAAACUUGCUCUGGUCCAGCAUUAGUAGCGUUACCUGCAACUACUCCUCCUUCUAAUAUUACCCCUCCGUUAUCAAAUAACCGGUCAAUGAAUAUGAAGAAGAAGAAACCAAAAAUUCAAUCAAAACCGCAUGAUGAUGAACCACAUCGAUUAGAUCUAGCUAAUCUUAUUAAACUCUCAGGUAUUGAUGAAGAAGAAUCUAAUACCCCGUUAAUUCAACAAUCUCAAAUCAAUCAAACCAACAGGGUUCAACAAGCUCCAACACCACCGCCUAAUCAUCAACAACACGCUGCUCCGUUGUUAGCUCAGUUGCAUACUCCUACUUCAACAUCUCAGAGUGGCUUUCGUUUGUCUUUGGGAGAAGACGGUCGUAUGAUUGUACAUCAACCACAGAUUACCACCAAUACGUUGACACAGAGUGUUUCUGCAAGUGUUGCGGCUGCAGCUCAAACCCAACUGGCUCAGUUAGUUGCCGACCACGGUGGUCAUAUACUCCAAAAUGCUGUGUUGAGUGUUGCUGGUGCUGAAUCACUGCUGCUUAAGGGCGGAAACACUAUGUUACCUGCACAACCUCAAAACGGUUCUGGCAUGCGUAUUUUAGCUGAUGUUUCGGGUCGCUUACAAAUUGUUACUGUGCUUGAACCUCAAUCGCUGCAACAAAAUAUUAUCAACGGCCAACAUUUAAUGUUCCCUACAGCCGGUACUCCUGUUAGUGUUGAUAAUCGUCAUAAUCAUCAGCAGUUUGUUAUGUCGACACCAGUUGAAGACCAACAGAAUAAAGUAAUGCAACAAAAUAAUAGUAUCAGAGUAAUGCAUAGCAGUAGUACUAUGGUAUCAAGUUUAGACCACCAGCAGAGUAGUAGCAUUCAGCUUGUUUCCAACAUGUUGGACAGCAGGGUGCUAGUCGCUAACAAUGAUACAACAUCUAAUAAUGAUAUACUGUAUAACGAGGAACAAAAUCGAUUACAAAUAGUGACCAAUUCAUCUUCGGUAAAUAAAAAUGUAGAAUCACAUAAUCAGCAGCCUCCUGUGAUCCAUACGUCUGAACGAGUCAUGCAGACUUCCAUAUCGAGAUCUAAAACUGUGCCGAUAUCUACUCAUAGUCCUAGAAGUAUACAAUCUGUGAUAAGUCCUCAGUGCAGCCCAGCUAUGUCGCACAGUUCUAGAAGUGCCUCGAAAAGUCCGGCUUCUUAUAACUCUCCUAUACCUUCACCAAAUGUUACACAAUCAUUUACGCCCAUGUUGCCGAAUCGGCCUAAUUUAACAAUAGUUACUUCACCUCAGCAAACGCAGACACAGUUUUCUAAACCGUGUGCAGCUGUAAUAUCUCAAUCAAACGAAAACCCUAUGGGAUUAUCUAAUUACCAGUCAUCGAUUAUAAAUAAAGUGACUAACAAGACUCCGGUAGUGGCAACGUCAAAAAUAUUUCGACCAAACAGUCCUAAGGCAUCUGUUCCACUCGAAGUUCAGUCUCAGAAUGCAUUUUUAGAUAGUAUAGCACAAUCACACCCAAAUAUUUUAAUAAAUAAAACAAUGGUUGUACCGCCGUGUGCUAAUAAAGCUCCGAUUAAACCAAGGAAAGUAAAACGAGCUGCUGUAGUCAAGCCAAUGGUGUUUCAAUGCGAUGAAAAAGAAAAAGAGCAUAAUGAUACACCGGUACCACUUAACUCCCCAGAGAGUAAUAUUUCCAAUCAGAGGGUAAAAACCAUUCAACUUACACCUCAAAAACAACAACUACUUAAAUUAGUACAAAAUCAAAUAUCAGUGUUAAGUGCUAAAAAAGUACGCACAAAUAACGAGCAGACGGCUCUACAAAAGUUGUUUAAUGAGCAACAAAAAAUUUUACAAAGUGGUAAAAUUGUUCCUACUAUAUCUGGACAAAAUUCUCAAGGAAUUACUUAUGUAUCCACUCCGGUAAGGUUGGUACCUCCCCCUUGUGCUAUGACGUCUAGUCCGCCUCAUACUAUAUCUCCGCCACUUACUGUGCAAUCUUCAACUGUUGCGUCUCCUCAAACUAGCAAUAAAGCAACAUCUCCUCUUCAUGUACAGGUGGGAACUCAAACAUCAUGUGAACCAUCUCCGACUCCACCUGCAUUCAGUGCUGCUAAACGAAUACAAUUAAUUUCUGAAAGAUUAGAAGCAGAUCAACUGGGAGCUACCAAUCCAGAUGUUACUACACCAUUCAGUUCAAGAAGUGAUGCUGUUAAACGACUGGCACGUUACCAUUGUUUAAAUGAUAAAGUGUUAUCGGAACGAGAUUUAGAAAAAGCAGAUGAAAUAUUCGAAUCGACUGCUAAACACUUACUAGACAAAAAAACAUCAUUGUUUAACAAAUACCGUAAUCUCUUGUUAAAAGAAAGCAUGAAAGAAGUUCAGCCCGCUGAACUUGUUAUGUUGGAGCGAAUGGUUUGUGCCGAUGCGUCGGCUCAGUUGCAACAAUUAAAGCAGCAGAACUCAACAUCGCCUUGUUCAACUAGUACAUCAACAAAUUGUGCUGAUGAGCAAACGUCCAAAAAACGUGAACAUCCACCUGACGAUGAUCAAGCGGUGUCGGAACAUAGUAAACGACAUUGUCCCGAUGACGAGGAAAUAAAUGCACAAGUGCAAAACGCCAUAGACAGUAUUUUAAAUUUGCAACGCAGCGACCCGGCAACGGACGAGGCGGUGCGCAGCAUUUUGCCGUCCUAGCACACUGGUCAUAGGAAAUGUUUGACCACAGCAUGAACAUAUUUAAUGGUUCCUCAGUGUACGGAUUUCCUAAACGCGCGAGUAUGGUAACAUUUGACUGUGUUAAUAUUAAUAUUAUUUAUUUAUUUAUUUUACUUUAUUAUUUUUUUUUUUUUAUACUUUCGAUAAAAGUACCUUACAUUUAAAUAAAAGAAUAUUUAAGAUAAAAACAGUAAUUUAUAUAAGAUGUAAGAUAGUGUUUUAAUUUAUGUAGGGAUGGGCCUUAUUCAAAUAGACAAAUCAACAUAUAAAAUCGAAUAUUCCCUUGACUAAAAAAAUUGCAUUGUUGUCAAUUGAUGAUUGUAUUUUGACAUCCUUGUAGUGAUGAAAUAGUCUUCAUUUUAUUUGCUAACAACUAUCUAGUCUAGUCAUUUUUAUACAUCACACGACCACAAUAAAAUAGUACAGUUCUCUAUAUUAAAAAUAUUUUGGUUCUUUAUUAAUACACAAAUUUAGACCUGUUGUAACUAACCAGACUAAUUUUGUGUAAGAUAGUUUUUGUAUUCACUAAAUGCUGUAUGGUGGUAAAAUGAAUUCUUGCACGUACUGUACUUACUUCACUUUGACUUAAAGAAAAGCGUCGACGAAUUUCUUGAGAAAUUGUUAUUUAAGUAGCUAUAUGGUAUAUUUAGAAAUUUUAAAACUCUUAAAUAAUUGCAGUUACACAAACAAAAAUAUUUGUGUGCGUGGUGUCCAUAUAUAUUUACAAAUUUAUAUAUAUUUUGUAACUAUAACUUUAUGUCAAACAUAUAAUUUGUAGUAGUUCCUAGGUAUUUUGGCAUUUAAAAAAAUUAAUCGUAAUAAAAUUAUUGUUAUAAAAAAAAUGUGAAUUACAUUUCUUUCCUAGUCUCACAAUUAUUAGUUUAAGGAACAACAGGAAUUUGUCCCUACGAAUUACUAUUCAGUGAUUAUUAAAUAUUUUUUUUUGUUUAAUGUUAAUUACAGUUUAUUGUGACAUGUUAUUAAUUACAAUUUGUCAGCAAAAAAGAAUUAGUAAUUUGUUUUCAUUAGUUCGACCAAUUUAGUUAGGUAAUCUUAAUUCUUGACACGUAACUGAAAGAUUGUGGUAAAAAUAUUGUAAAAAUUUAAUGACUUCAAAAAUUAACUUCAUAAUAGUAUAAAACUGCUGUGCUUUAAAAAAUUAUAGAAGACUAUUUUUAACUAAACUUCUUUUCGAUACUAAUUAUGGUUACAAAUUAUAUUUAUCAAGAUAUAUUGUAAAUUUGCAUUUAAUUAUUUUUUUAGCCACCUUGGAGAAUAUUCGAUUUUAUGUAUUGUAAUUUUUGAUCUUCUAAGAUAAAGUCUAAUAUCUCAAGAGGUUCUUACUAUUACUUUAUAUUUUUUAGUGACCGAUAUUAAAAUGUAUCAAAAACUUGAUAAUUUCACUUACAUAUUGGUUUUGUGCUCAUCCUUGCUUUUUUGCACAAAACAGUUGUUAAGAUAUUUAUUGUAAUAGGUAUGGAACAUCACUUGAUUGACUUAUAUAUUUAUAUAUAUACGUUUGUAUAACUUAUUUCUUCUGGUAUCUAUCUUUGCUUUAGACUUAAGUUUUUUUAUUUUAAUUUAAAUUGUUAAAUUUCCAAUGUAAAAGUAGUGUAUAUGUAACAUUUUUUUUUUUUUUUUUGUCAAAAGUAAAUAUUUUUUUGUCCUCCAACUGUUUUGAAAACUUCUUCGCUGGUUAAUAAUGGACAGAAAUAUAAUAUAUAACUGUAUUGUGUAUUAAACAAUUACAAAUUACAAUUAUUACAAAACUUGACUUAUUUUAUUGAGUUUAUGUUAAAAUCAAUUGGAGGCCGAAAUAUUUAUUAUUAGUUAUAAUUUAUUACAUUUCUUCUUAUGUUAGUUACCAAAAAGCAUUUAAAUUUGAAUCAUAAUUUAGUACUUUUUUUAUUUGUUUGGAAAACCAUUAUAGCUGAUGUAUUAUUCAUACAACAGCAGCUUUUUAUGGAUCUUUAUUUCUGCCAUUUGUUGGGGAAAAAAUCACAGGGUAAAUUCAAAGCAGUAAAUUAAUGUACAGGUGAAUGUUUAUUCACUUAAGUCAAGUGUACUUAAAACAAAUUAAUGUAACUCACUAAAUGAGUAGUAUUUUAUAAUAUGCACGUAUGUUUUUUUUCUACGUGUCUUGUAUAAGAUCUCAUAAAAAAAAAAGAAAAGGAGCACUUUACUUUAUAUUAACCUUUAUCAUUCUGCCAUUAUUUAUUAUUAUUCUUUUUUUUAAAUGUAAUUACUUCAAUUGUAUAAUUUUUGUUUAGUUUGUCGUCUUUCUGUAAUUUAUAAUUGUACUAAAAAAAAUUAUUGGUACAUUGUUUUGUAUAUAUUUAUUUUAGUGUACAAUAAUUGUGAAUUAUUGUAUUCAUUUUACAUA